ACUCGCAGGGCUGUGAUUUGCGGGCGAUGCGGGAGCAGUUUCGGAACCACCAGACCCAGACGACAUGCUGGGACCAUCCCAAGAUGACGGAGCUCUACCAGUCUCUGGCCGACCUGAACAACGUUCGGUUCUCGGCCUACCGCACCGCCAUGAAGCUCAGGCGCCUGCAGAAAGCUCUCUGCUUGGACCUCCUGAGCAUGCAGACGGCGUGCGAGGUGUUCGAGCAGCACACCCUGAAGCAGAACGAGCAGCUGCUGGACAUCUCCCAGCUGGUGGCCUGCCUUACCAGCCUGUACCAGCGGCUGGAGCAGAGCCACUCCCACCUGGUCAACGUCCAGCUGAGUGUGGACAUGUGCCUCAACUGGCUGCUCAACGUCUACGACACCGGGCGCACUGGGAAGAUUCGGACUCUGUCGUUCAAAACUGGAAUCAUCUCGCUUUGCAAAGCCCACCUAGAGGAUAAAUACCGAUUUUUGUUCCGACAGGUCGCCAGCGCCACGGGUUUCUGUGACCAGCGCCGCUUGGGCCUCCUCCUCCACGACUCCAUCCAGAUCCCCCGGCAGCUCGGCGAGGUGGCGUCCUUCGGCGGCUCCAACAUCGAGCCGUCUGUCCGCAGCUGCUUCCAGUUUGCCAACAACAAACCUGAGCUGGAGGCCGCCAUGUUCCUGGACUGGAUGCGUCUGGAGCCUCAGUCUAUGGUUUGGCUCCCGGUGCUGCACCGGGUCGCGGCUGCAGAAACCGCCAAGCACCAAGCCAAGUGCAACAUCUGCAAGGAGUGUCCCAUCAUCGGGUUCAGAUAUCGGAGCCUGAAACAUUUCAACUAUGACAUUUGCCAAAGCUGCUUCUUCUCCGGCCGCGUUGCCAAGGGACACAAGAUGCAAUACCCCAUGGUGGAAUACUGCACUCCGACCACAUCAGGGGAGGAUGUGCGUGAUUUUGCCAAGGUGCUGAAGAACAAAUUCAGGACCAAGCGCUACUUUGCCAAACACCCACGCAUGGGCUACCUGCCCGUCCAGACCAUCCUGGAGGGGGACAACAUGGAAACGUGGGGCUCACACACAAACACACACACACACACACACAUACACACAAAUACAGACAAGAGACACAAGUAAUAUUCUGACCUACAGAAGAAGUCUAUACAACUUCUAAAUUCGCGAAAAAUGACAAGGAUUAUUCAGAUUCCCCUUUAAAUUUUGAACGUAGAAUGAAAGCACAGACCAACCACAGGUUAAUAUUACUUCCUAAUAUUGUUGUGAGUGUUGAAUGGGUUUUUAUGUUUCCCAAUCAAGCUUAGCUUUGAUGCUUCUUCAUGCUAGACCGUCGGAUCACAUCAACGUCUAAAGCUUUCAGAUAACAACCGAGGCGAACUGCACCUAAGGCUCUGAGACCAAAAUCCGCUGUUCCUCACACGUUACUAGAAUACAAAGAUAACCU